AUGCCUUCCUCAUCAUCUUCUUUCGACCACAAUUAUAAUAACAACAACAAUUUUGCUUCCCCGUAUCAUCAUCAGGACACUUCAAUAACGAACGGAAAUUAUCAUGAUGAACAUUCAGCAUUGCUUGGAGGCAGCAACAAUGGUUUUACCCCAGCAUCAACAUCGGACGAGCGAGGUUCUAUAAAUUACUAUGGCCAGCAGGAAGUUCAACAAAUGGCAUCGUCGACAACUCAAUCAUCAUUCCUGCAGUGGAAUCUGAAAAAUUCUGAGGGUACUUUUUGUGAAAUGCAAGAAAGUGAAAUGUUGAAAGAACAUGAACAAGCUCUAACCGAAUGGGAGUUAGAACAAAAGAACAAGACUUUUUAUCAGAGGUGGUGCCCUAGUUUAGAUUUUAUGACAUCUUGUUUCAGAGGUUGUAGAGGAAGUGACGAAAAUCCUAUUGUUGAUGAUGGAAGCGCAGAGCUUCAUGUUCAGAGGGCUGACGCUAAACCUCAAAUUGUUCCAGAAUCAUUAAAACCAAAGAAGGGACAUAAAUUAGGAGAGUUAUUUGCUACAGCAAUUUGUGGUAAUGACAUUACAAGCUCAUGCUUGUACGUCAUUGGUGUCUGUAUCAGUUAUGCUGGAAUUUGGGCACCUAUUUGUCUACUAAUGGUGAGCUUUUUACUAUUUUUGUUUAGGUCUAUUUAUGCUGAAGUGGGCUCUGCAAUUACUUUGAAUGGUGCUAGUUAUACCUUGCUUCUGAACACCACAUCAAAGAAAACUGCAUCGUUAGCAGCAUGCUUAACGAUUAUCUCAUACAUUGCAACAGCUGUUGUUUCAGGAACAUCAGCCAUUGAAUAUUUGAAAAAUAUUCCAUACUGUGAACAGAUUCCUCUCAUACCAUCCACUGUUAUUUUACUUGGUAUUUUUGCAUUUUUAAACCUUAUUGGAAUUUCUGAAAGCGCUUUUGCUGCUGCCAUCAUUUUUGUAUUCCACAUUGCUUCACUCUCAAUAUUGACUGUUUAUGGGUUUUUAUAUGUUUCAGCUACUAAUGGAUUUGAAAUGCUUCAGAGAAACUGGCAACUCAGUAGUGCAUCAUUCUCUGCAUUGGGAAUAGCUAAAUCCAUUUUCUUUGGUUUUGGAGCUGCCAUGUUAGGUGUGACUGGCUUUGAAAGCAGUGCUAAUUUUAUUGAGCAACAAAAACCAGGAGUGUUCCCAAAAACGCUGAGAAAUAUGUGGUCAUUGGUAUCAUUUUUCAACCCAGUUCUCUGCUUUAUUUCGCUCUGUGCUCUUCCACUUUCUCAACUUUCAGAUCCUAAACAAAACGCCAGCUUACUUUCUCAAGUUGGUAGGGCUUCUGCCGGUACUUGGCUUCAAAUUUUACUUUCGUUUGAUGCCGCUUUGGUUCUUAGUGGCGGUGUAUUGACUGCUUAUGUUGGUAUUGUAGGAUUGGUUCGCCAAAUGGCUAUGGACAGAGCUCUUCCUUCAUUUUUCCUUCAAGUCAACUCGUUCCGAAAAACAAACCACUUUAUCAUUAUACUUUUCUUUGUGCUUUGCGCCUCCAUGGUAACUAUUUUGAAUGGUGACAUUGACGCUCUUUCUGGAGUUUAUACUAUUGCUUUCCUUUCUGUCAUGAUGCUUUUUGCAAUGGGUGACUUUUUGCUCAAGUACAAGAGAGGACAGAUUAAGAGAGAUAGAAGAGCUAAAAAAUCAGUGAUAGUAGUUGCAAUCAUAGGUGUUGGAACUGCUUUAUUGGCAAACAUUUUGGAAAAUCCAGAAUAUUUGAAAUAUUUCUUUAUUUAUUAUUCAAUUUGCGCCAUUACUGUUUUAGCAAUGUUUUGGAGAGUGAAAAUUAUGAAAUUCAUUAUUUAUCUCGUGUAUUCCAAACUCAAAGAGUGGAACAUUGCUAAAUCAGUUACUGAUAAGAUUCUAAAAUUCUUGGUAAAACAGGCCAAGGAGGUAAACAGUCAAUCUUUCAUUUACUUUGCAAAGAAUGAUGCAAUUUCAAUGCUAAAUAAGGCAGUUCUUUACGUGCGUGAAAAUGAAUUGACAGACUGGAUCAAAAUUGUGCAUGUGUAUAAAACUCCCAAGAGCGAAGAAGAACAUAUCGAACAACAAAAACUUAUCAGUCGAUUGCGAAAUGAUUGUAAAACCUUAGAUGAAAUUUAUCCAAGAAUGAGAAUAGAUUUUGUUGCCAUUGAGAGCGAAAAAGGUUUUGGUCCUGACAUUAUCAGAUUGAUUGAAAGUCGAUUUGGUAUUCGAAAGAAUUUAAUGUUCAUUUCCUGUCCUUCCGUAAAAUUCAAGGUUAGUGACCUUGGAGGAGUUCGUAUCAUUACCAACGAUCACCAAAAUUGA